CCGCUCACGGCCUUUUUUCGCUUCCUGAAGGAGAGUCAGCCCAUUUACCGGCAGAAGCAUCCAGAACUGACUGCUACGGACCUGGUUAAAAAAAUGGCAGGUGUUUGGAGGGAGUUACCAGUAUCAGAGAAACAAGUUUAUGAGGAAGCUAGAGAGGUAGAGUGGCAAAAAUACCAGGAAGAGAUGGCCAAAUACAAAGCACAACUAACUCCAGCCAAGAUUGCUGCUUUGAAAGAAGAAAGGCAAAGGCGAAUAGUAAGAAGAAGGUUGUUCCAGCAAAAAAGAGAAUUGUCUGUGCUUGGAAAACCUAAAAAACCUCGUAGUGCCUUUAACAUUUUUGUAUCAGAAAACCAUCCAGAAAGUCAGGGAGCUUCACCUAUGGCAAAAUUGAAGAAUUUAUAUGACACAUGGCAGAAGUUACCCAGUUCUCAAAGGCAGACAUACCUGCAGCUUUCGGAAGAUGAUAAGGUCCGAUACGAAAAUGAAAUGAAGUCUUGGGAAGCAAAAAUGGUUGAACUGGGACGCGAAGACCUGGUCCGUUCCUCAACAAAAAAGAAAACUGUAAAGAAGAGCAAAGCUGCCAAAACUUCAUCACAGGAAGCCACGGCAAAAUUGAAGUUGAAAAAAUCUGAAGAGUAA